GACAUGGAUGACUGGGACAACUGCGAUGAAUUCAUUCAGCGACUGGAUUUUUCCAGCUGUGGUGAAGAGAGUGAAGACAGAAGCAUACAUGAGGAAGAUGCCCUGAGCUCAAGCCCCCCUAGGAGCUGUGAGUUCCAGAAGUGGCAAGGGAGCAGUCCUCUACCAGCAACCCCUCAGAGAAAGCUUAGUGAGAUUUUCCUGAGCAGGACGAAAGCCUGGGUGAGUCCCACCCUGGAGCCUUCCCUGGCUGUGGGCAAGAACCUGUGUAAUGCUGAGACACCGCUGCACAUCACUUGGAAAAAUCUGCAGCUGUGUGACACCCCGCACACUCCCAAGAGCCUGUUAUCGAAGACAGCUUUUCCUUCUUCUGGGACAAAGGUCCCACCCAAAGGCUUCCGACAUCUGAGAUUUACUCCUGGUGCUGACUCAGAUGACUCUACGCAAGCUUCUCUUGUCAACAUCAAUCCCUUUACACCAGAGUCGUAUCGACAAAUGCUCUUUCUUCCUAAUGGCAAGCGGAAGAUGAGAGGAGAGCUGAGAGAUCCUGUUCCAAGAAGCCAGAUAAAACAGGAGCUACCUACCAAGAGAUGUCCUCUGAAGGAGAGCAAUAUGGUUUCCCGCUACAAGAAGGAGUUCCUGGAACUAGAAAAAAUUGGUGUGGGGGAAUUUGGCUCUGUCUACAAGUGCAUCAAACGCCUUGAUGGAUGUGUUUAUGCCAUUAAACGCUCCAAAAAGCCUCUGGCAGGAUCUUCAGAUGAGCAGCUGGCACUGCGCGAGGUUUAUGCUCAUGCAGUCCUUGGACACCACCCCCAUGUUGUGCGCUACUACUCAGCGUGGGCAGAGGACGAUCACAUGAUUAUCCAAAAUGAACACUGCAAUGGUGGGAGCCUCCAAGAUGUGCUGCUGGAAAACACAAAGCUUGGCCAGUAUUUCCCAGAAUCAAAGCUGAAAGACAUACUGUUACAAGUCUCCAUGGGGCUAAAAUACAUCCACAACUCUGGCCUUGUGCACCUGGAUAUCAAACCUAGUAAUAUCUUCAUCUGUUACAAGCUGGCAGUUGUGAGCCCUGCGGGGCAGGAAGAGAGUGACAGUGAAGAUGAAUUCUCUUCUGGUGUGGUGUACAAGAUUGGUGACCUUGGCCAUGUGACAUCAAUAACAAACCCCCAGGUGGAGGAAGGAGACCGACGGUUUUUGGCCAAUGAGAUUUUGCAAGAGCAAUACUGCUAUUUGCCGAAGGCAGACAUCUUUGCCCUGGCACUCACAGUAGCUCUAGCAGCUGGCACAGCACCGCUGCCUCACAACGGUGCCAUGUGGCACCACAUUCGCGAAGGCAAUAUCCCACCAAUCCCUCAGAAGCUUCCUCAUCGUUUUCUUGAGCUCCUCAAGCUCAUGAUCCACCCUGACCCAGUGGAAAGACCUUCUGCCACAGCUCUUACUAAACAUCCAGUUCUGCGUCCUUCACGUGGAAAAGCUGUGCAGCUCCAGAAGCAGCUAAAUGUGGAGAAGUGCAAGACUGCCAUGCUGGAAAGGUAG